CACAGUGAACCUCAAACAUCCACGUAGUGACGUAACAAUAAGCAAAACACAUUGUGGAGUGGAUGGGGGGCUUUAAGGUUCAGACAGCUUGAUGAAUUGUGGCAUUAUCUCCAUUUGCGUCAUAUGUUGCAUUUUGGAGAGGUUGUUCUGUUAUACUUCAUUGCUCGAGUGCAUAUUUCUCCCCAGAUACUUAGUGAUACUGUUUCAGUUUCCUAUAUUAAUCAAAUGAGGCAAGUAUUGAGUUUGGAACAACUGUAAUCCACCUAGUAUCUGCAAUAAUGUUUUAUAAAUAACCCCGAGAGAGAGAGAGAGAGACAGAGACAGAGACUCUGUUUGGUUAUGGAUGGGAAACACUCCAGUGGACCUGAUUGUGGAAAAUAACACACUCUAUUGGCCAUUUAGUUGGUGUGUGACAUCAGUCUGUGUAAAUGUGAACCAUGGGCGGUCCGCUGAGGUUGCCUACUUUAGGAGCAGGCCCUGCCCCUGACGACCGCAGAAAGCUGGACAACGGCAGAAAGGUCAGCUGCUGAUACUGUAGAUUCUGCAGAGAGGAAGUGAGGAACUGCCACAACACAGACGUUUUCAGACUGAAGACAAGCUGCUGCAUCAGAGGUCAAAACUACAAGAGGCUGUACUGCUGGAGCACAUGAGAACAUCUGCUUUCUCCUGUUUAUAGUCUUGGACCGAGGGGCCACACUUCUCUACAAACAGCCGACACAUCAGCAACCUUCUUCCCUGGCAGCAGCUCCCUCUGCUCCUCGCUCGCCUAGUCUCUCCAGUCCUCUCCGUCUGGGAUUCAGCCAUGGACCGCUCGGCGCAGGAGCUGUUCCUCAACUUCAUGAUCGUCUUAAUCACCGUGCUGCUGAUGUGGCUGCUGGUGAAAAGUUAUCAGGACUGAACCAUGGGGCAAAAGCAGCCCUCUCGUCUCGUGGCUCUAGAGAGGCGGAGGAGAUGGAGGGAAAUGUGUGGAGGGGAGCCAGUUUGGUUACUGUAGGACUAAUUCUGAUUUUUGUGUUUACACCUCACCUUCAUUCUUUUAGUUUAUGGUUACCACUCCGGUCCAGAGUUGCAGUAAUAGUAUAAUAUUUAAACCAUGACAAACUAGUCUUGGAUUCGUAUUUGUCUUCUGAGAUAUUUUUAAAUGUGGCCUUGACUUUCUGGCAAGAGCCAAAGGGGAAAUCACAGAAGAGAUAAAAGGGUGAAUAAAAAUAUGGAAAAUGAGUAAGGGAUUCAAGUUUUAGGCUUUCAUUAUGCAAACUCUUGAAGUGACUGCUAGAGAACGCUGUAAUGUCACUUAUAUUAGAAGUAUAUAGCCCAUUUUUCUGUGUCAAUCAUGUAACAUCUGAUACACUGAACC